AUGGUCUCACAACUACUUAAAAGCCGGCAAGGAGUUCACGCCAUUGAAGAUGCCCUAGCCACAAAUGAAGACACUCUUAUGGACUUCAUGGGAGAUGCCACUGAAGAGAACAUAGAGGAGGUCAACUAUAUUGGAGGAAACUAUGGGAAUAGAGGAUUCAAUCAAGCAUUCCGAGCUCAUCCAAACCUAUCAUACCGGAGCAACAAUGUAGUA